UUUUUUUUGUUCUGUACGCGUUAUCGCCAGCUUAAAUAUUAUUGCAAUUGUUUACAAAGAAACGCUUCUCUCUAUUAAACACUAUCUCUGUUUUCAAAUUCAGUUUCACUUUCAAUCACUUCUUCGUUUGUUUCUCAGUUACUUUUGCAGAAUCAAUCUCUCUCUCUCAAAUGGCUGAACGAGUCCAUCCCGCUGAUUCACCACCGCAGAGCGGCCAAUUCUCCGGCAAUUUCAGCUCCGGCGAGUUCCCGAGAAAACCAGCUCCGCCACCCGCGACCUACGUGAUCCAAGUCCCCAAGGAUCAGAUCUACCGCGUCCCCCCGCCGGAGAACGCGCACCGUCUGCAACUCCUCUCCCGGAAAAAGCCCAAUCGCAGUCGCUGCAGGUGCUGUUUCUGCUACUUCCUCGCCGCAAUUUUCACCCUCGCCGUCCUCGCCGCAAUCUCCUUCGCCGUUCUCUACGCCGUCUUCCGUCCCGAAGCUCCGAAAUACUCCGUCGAGGGAUUCUCGGUCUCAGGCAUCAAUCUGACGUCUCCGUCUCCGGUUUCUCCCAGAUUCAACGUCACCGUCAGGUCGCGUAACGGUAACGGAAAGCUCGGGAUCUACUACGAGAAAGGGAGCAGUGUGGAUGUUUUCUACGGAGACGUCGAUCUCUGUAACGGCGCGUUGCCUGUGUUUUACCAGCCGGCGAAUAAUGUGACGUUGGUUAAGACGGCGUUAACUGGAUCGGGGAUUCAGUUAAAUAGUGGCGCGCGGAAGGAGAUGCGUAAUGAGCUGAGUAAGAAAACGGUGCCGUUUAAGGUGAGGAUUAAAGCGCCUGUGAAGAUUAAGGUUGGUUCGGUUAAGACGUGGACGAUAACCGUUAAAGUUAACUGCGAUGUUACGGUGGAUAAGUUGACGGCACCGUCCAGGAUUGUGUCGAGAAAGUGCAGCCAUGAUGUGGACCUUUGGUGAUUUUCUAAUUUUUUUAUCCAAAAACUGCAAAUGACAUUAAAAAAAAAACGAGAGUACAGAGGCUGUUUUGGAUUAUAGGAUUUUACUGAAUGUUUUUUUGUUAUUGAUUGCGUUUUAAUGUUUUUUUAUGAAUUAUACAUACAUUGUGAAUUUGUGAUUGCAAAUGAGGAAAUUUUCCAAUUUGAACUUAUUUAAUAUUAGUUGAAAACUUCCUCUU